UUUAGGGUUCCAGGCUAUGGCGAGGCUGAGCACUGGCGUUACCACGCGCCAGUACGCUGAAGGGACUGCCGCCGCUACAGCGCACGCGAUUUCCAUCCAGAGCGCGGAGGCUUCUUGAUUGUCGAAAUGCGGCAGCCUGUGCUGCUCAAGAGCAACGAUUUCCGCUGGAAUUUUCCCAAGGAAAUCGUUGUGGCGUAUCCAAUUCAUCCCUCGCAACAUCUUCCAGGCGAACGAAAUGCAUUCUUACGGAGCCUGGAGUACUGUGGUUUGCGAUCAUCGGAAUAUGCAGAUCAUGGUUUCAUGCUUCGUGACCAUCUCCCACCACGAAGAAUAUCUCCUGUGAAGGAAAUUAUUCUUGUCAACCUGCUCAAAGUCAUAAGCCCCGACUUGCCACUCGCAUUCGCUCUAUCCAGAGGGUGGACCACGAAGCAGAAACUCGCCAGUCGCAAACGUCCAGCAAAGAUCUUGGAAGUUUCAGACUGUGAGCUGAAGAAGGCCGAGGAGCAGAAAAGCAGCGAGACUGUCGAAAACACAAAGCAGCAUUCAGACAUUAGCAAGCCACCGAAUCUGUCAACAUCUCUCGAAAUCGGGCCAAGGCUAGGGAACUAACGACGCGGAGCAACAGCUGUACUGAUGGAUUCGGUGCACUGAAAGUGAAGCACCCUUCUUCUCAACUGGAAAAGCUAAAGUUCCUCGUGGAUGAAUCUCUUCAGGUAUGCCGACUGUGAUGCUACCUCUGCCGACGAAGACGAUGACGAGGGGACAUCUGAUGGUGAGCUAACAAGCCUGGAUCGAGAGCACGACGAAGACGGCAUCAACACUGAGAGGCUUCUUGCUUCUAGAGUUUGCACCUUCACAUCAAGUGGGAGCAGUUUUAUGGAGCAGCACUGGUACUUCUGUUACACUUGCGACUUGACAGUGUCCAAGGGAUGCUGCUCAGUAUGUGCAAAGGUGUGUCAUCGUGGUCACAAGGUGGUUUACUCGCGGUUGAGCAGGUUCUUUUGUGACUGUGGUGCUGGCGGUGUGAUGCCAGUGCCUCAAGCCAUACAGUAUCACCGAUAUUGAGUCGAGCAAAAGGCUUUCACUUGAAACA